AUGGACCACUCCUACAGUGGCUCCGGGCGAAGGCCCCCUCACAUAACAGUCAAUUCGGGCAGUGGUGGAGAUCUACUCAAUUCAUCUACUAGCUCUCCUUCUACUGCGGGAACUCCUGGUCAAUCGAGGCAGUUGAUCCCGCCGCCGCGACCACCGACUUCAGGCUCGCAACAGUCACGCAUGGCUGCCCCUCAAGUAUAUGGCUCACCCGAUGUAGCUCAGUCAAAUGAAAUGCUACUUCCUCCUUCGAGAUCACGGCCUUCAGCGAAUAAUCAAUCAUCAUCAUACUCCGACUAUCCCUUACCUUCUCCCUCAGUAUCAGGGUUUUCAUCACGCAGAACAAGUUGGAGCUCAGAGGCGGGAAGUCGAGACAGUCGAGCAGGACCAUUUGGCUCACCUUUUGAUGACUCGAGAGCUUCUUCGAGAGCCGGCGACAGCGAUGAUGAGAAUAUCAAUACACAAACUGUUUCCGAAAAAUAUAACAUCAUGCCAUCUGCAGGAUUAUUACUUUUCCCAGAAGAUGUUGAGAAAGAUGAUUACCUUCACAACCCGGAUCCAAGUGAUAAAGAUAUGGAUAAGUGCGAUAUAUGGAAUCGGAGAGGUCUUACGAAUGUUGGAGGAUUGAUCUUCAUCGUCUUGGGCGUACUAGCCUUGUUCGUAGCAUAUCCAGUUGUUACAUUCGUGAAAGACAAAAUCGAUCCUACUCAUGGUGCUUGUGCAGCAGCCGCAGAUUGUUUAUCAGAUAAAAUUUCCCUUCUUAAGAACGUGAGAACGGGUCUCAUAGAUCCGGACACUCCAGACUCCGUCAAGAGCAAGACCGCUCAUGAUGGCACCAAAUUGAAGCUUGUGUUUUCUGACGAAUUCAAUACCGAUGGACGAACUUUCUACGAUGGCGAUGACCCAUUCUUUCAAGCCGUGGAUAUUUGGUAUGGUGCUACUCAGGAUUUGGAAUGGUACGAUCCCGAUGCUGUAACGACUGGAAACGGCACUCUGAACAUCAAAUUCGACGCUUUCCAAAGUCACAACUUAAAUUAUCGCUCUGGGAUGGUCCAAUCAUGGAAUAAGUUGUGCUUUAAGGGUGGUCGUGUGGAAGCUAGUAUUUCAUUACCUGGCCGAGGAGAUUGGCCCGGUUUCUGGCCCGGUUUCUGGAGUAUGGGCAAUUUGGGACGACCCGGUUACCUAGCUACCACAGAGGGAAUGUGGCCCUACAGUUAUUGGGAUAAAUGCGAUUACGGAAUUACGGCAAAUCAAAGUUCACCGGAUGGUAUCAAUUGGUUACCCGGUAUGAAGCUGCCAGCUUGUACGUGUAAGGGCGAAACGCAUCCUUCAAGCGGCAAUUCUCGAUCAGCACCCGAAAUUGAUGGAAUAGAAGCCAGUAUUGCAUUCAUGACGGAGAACUGGGGAACGGCUACAGGUUCCGCAUCUCAAUCUUACCAGAUUGCCCCAUUCGACAUAUUCUACAUGCCCGAUUACAACUAUGUUGAGGUUUAUGACAACGAACAGACUUCUGUGAACGCCUACCGAGGUGGGAAUUAUCAACAAGCUAUGUCUUCAGUGACUUGGCUCAACAAUGAUUGGUAUGAUGGCAACGGAUAUCAAACGUAUGGAUUUGAAUAUACUCCUGGAUCCGAGGGACAGGUGACAUGGUUCGUUGGUGAUCAGUACACUUGGAAAAUGGACGCCCGUGCAUUGAGACCAAACGGAAACGUUGGCCAACGAACGAUGCCGGAGGAGCCUAUGGCUCUUAUCAUGAACUUGGGAAUGGGUACCAGUUUCUCCCAAGUUAUGAUGCCUAAUUUGAACACUCUAUUCCCCGCUACCAUGCGUUUUGAUUACAUCCGGAUAUAUCAAGAAGAAGGAUCCGAAUCGAUCACUUGUGACCCUGAUGGAUACCCAACCACCGAAUACAUCGAAAAGUUCCCGAAGGCAUAUAAAAAUCAAAACCAUACGUCUUGGUCAGACGCUGGCUACACGUGGCCUACAAAUUCUUUUGUCGACACUUGCUAA